AUGUUCAAUAAGCUUUCUAAAAAUUUAUUCUGGGAAAAUUAGUAAUAUAAAUUAAUAUUCCCAGAUAAAAUUCUAAUUGAAUUAAUAAAAAAACAAUAAAUAAAACACACCAAUCAUCAAUCAUCUAUCUAUCUAUCUAUCUAUCUAUCUAUCUAUCUAUCUAUGCCUACUGAAUUUAUAAAAAACUUGGAUAUAUUUUCUUAGUCUUUCUAAUUCAAUUCAGGAAAGUAGUCUUUGAGAAAAAGAACUAUUGUAGGCUCUUUUCUAUCUAUCACAAUACUAGGGGCUACAAUAGCUUAUUUGUUUUAUAUGUCUUUGCUAUACUUUAGCAAUUAAAUUGAUCCAAAAUUUAGAUCUUAAACAUUUGUUAGUAAUGAUAGAUUAGAAAUACCACUUGAUAAUGACAUGUACGGCUUUAAGUUUUUUUCUAUGAAGAACCUAACAACUUUAGAUGAAAUUCAAAAUAAAUAAAAUAAAACUUAUUUAGUUAUAGUUCCUUAUUUUGUGUUUAAUAAUAACUCGUAUUAAAGUGAAACUAAAUUGGAUAUAAUUAAAUGUAAAACCCCUUCUCUUUAAGGCUUUUCAUGUCUUGAUACUUCAAAACUUGAAAAUAAAAUGAUCACAAUUGGAAAUAAUGAGAGUAUGAAUUCCUACAUUUAAUUAAAUGCUUAUAGAUGCUAAGAUGUUGAUAUGAAGAAAAAUUUUGUCCCAGAUAACUGCGCAAGUCCAUAAGAAAUAGAAAAUUAUAUAAUUGACCAAUCGAAUGCCAUUAAAAUAAAACUAUUUACAUCUCAAUAUAAUAUAACUUUAAAGUCUAUGCAAUCAAAUUAUAAGCAAUAGAAUUUUAUAAUGUCUAAUAAUUAAUUAUUAAUUGGAUAAUUCAAAGCAAUAAAGUAAAUAACAUAUGUUAAAGAUGGUCCUUUGAUUUAAUUAGAAUCAAGUUACAGUUCUCCUAUUUCGUACAUGCUGUUUACAGAAACUUUGGAUUAAUAAACUGUGAGUAAGUAAACUGGUUUGAAAUAUUUUAUGUAAAUAUAUAUAUCCUUAGAUGAAUAAGUUGAAUAAAUUAACAUUUAAUAUCCAACUUUUACAGAAGUUUUAUCCAUUUGCAAUAGUACCUUAGCUUUUUUAAUGUUUUUUGGAGUUUUUGGAAGAUAGCUUGCUUAGAGUUUAAUAAGACAGGAUUUGUUUAUAUUAAUACUUUAAAAUUUAUAUUCUGGUACUUAUUAAAAAAUUUUACAGUUGAAUAAUGUUUUGCUAAAUAAAAAUAAAAACAAUAAGAAAAACGAUAACAAUAAAAAUAAUAGCAAUGAUAGCAAUAAAAAUAAUAAUAGCGAUAAUAAUACAAAUAGUAACAAUCGAAGUGAUUAAGAUAAAAUUAAUAGCAGCAAAAAAAGUAAUUGUAACACAAAUGAUAAUAAUGAUUGUAGCCCAGAUUAAAAUGAAUAAGAGAAUACAAGUCCUAUUUUAAUUCCAUACCUUUUGACAAAAUCUGGAGAAAAAACUUUAAAUUAAGUGUAUUAAUAAAAUAACAUAGAACGAAAAAAUACAAAAGAUCAUUCUUUAGUAAGUUCUAAAGAGUUAUUUAAUAAUAAACUAAUUAAAAAUAGUAAAUAAAUGGAUUUAAACUAUGAAUUAGUUUUGACAUCUCCAAGUCCAUUAAACAUACAAUAAUCAAAUGAGAUUAAAAAUAUAAAGAGGUUAGAAAAUUUUUAGAAGGAACAAAGCUAAUUAAAGAAUUUUUUACCUAAUACAAGGCAAUAAAAACUCUAAAAAAAUUAAAAAAACAUAAUGAAAAAAUAGUUUGUUAAUCAAGAUUAAAACCAGCAGGAAGUUAGAAUUGAAAAUAAUAAAAUUUUUGAAGAUCAAAAAUUAAAAACUUUAAAGGAUAAUUUCUUAACCAGAAAAAUUAAAGAUAUCAUCUUCAAAUUUAAAUUCUGCAAAAAGAAGGAAUAUUUACAUUCAAUAGGAUUAAAUAAUGAAACUAAGUUACAAAUAGACUAGUAGGUCGACUAUAGUUUAGACUAUCAAAAAUUGUUUAAAGAUAUAAUCUUCUUGAAAAAGGCUGUUGCGAGUCUUCUAACUAAAGACCAGUUUGCUGCUUUAUUUUAUGUAGGACUUUCUGAUACAUUUUGGAAAAAGAAGUUAAACAAAAACAUAGAAUAAAAGAUGAGUCACUUUGAAGAACUAUUUGAAGUUACAAUAUCUGAAUAACAAUAGUUUGAUUAUCUUAAGAAUUUUAUUAAAAAAUGCUAUAAUCAGGAUAAUUUAAACGAAAUAGAUAAAAGAAUAUUCUCAUCUCUAAUUUGA